AUGUAUACAUAUACAGUAUGUGGCGACCCACGCCAUAUCAGGCGCGCGGGCACCACACGUCACGGCGCCGCUCCUGCGAGCGCCGGUGACACGGCGGUAGUUCGGCGCGCUGCCGAGAGGUGGCCACCAGCGCCGACAGCAUACUCGCACUCAAAAUUCAGUGGCGAUGGGUAUAUUAAGACCUCCGGCGACGACGAAAGAGCUUCCUCAGGCCUUGAUAUCUUCACCGAGCGAGCCCCUAGGGCCUCGGUAUCUCCAUCGAGCGAGCUCCACGGGCCUCGACAUCUACCCAAGCGAGCCCCUGAGGUCCUUGGCACACCAGCGAGGACCCUGCCACGAGUCUGGCGCCGACUCCGAGACAUCCCACCACCAGGACGUCCACCGGGAAGCCCAGAGCGCGGCCCGCCUCUACCACCGUCGCAGCCCGUAGUGCCAUCGGAUCCGCGACUACGCCAGGGGCCUAGGCCUCCACCGAUACUCGGACAUAGCUACAUCCCGUGGAGACUAGAGCCGAUUACAAGUAUAGGAGCCCGAUUUCGAGAGCAAGGAACACAAGUACACCGCAGAGUCGCCACCACCAAAGCGGCCACUCAGACGUCACCGCAGGGAUCGGCCGAACUCAAGGCUGUACCUGUAGACGUGGCGCAGCAAUCCUCACCGAGAGGAACUCAGGGCACGUCAGGCCUAGACAGCCCCAAGAAGACAC